AUGGGCUUAUUCAAUAAGAGUAAAAACAACGUUCCCGAGCCGUCAUGGGACGGGAGUGAGAGGGCGGUUCUUACCCUGCUGAGGGACAAAUCAAUGGGUGUCAUUCACGCUUAUGAAAGAGACAAAGAGCAUAACCAAGCUGAAAUCCUUCACGUCACUACUGGCUGGGAUUCUUAUCAACCCCAAGAAGAAGCUGUACGAGUACAUAAUGCACUUCACAACCUCAUAUUGGAUAAAUGUAAACUUUUGAGAGUCACUGUCAUCGUGAUGGUAGAUAAACAUUCGGACCAAUCAGCGCUCAAAUUGAACGGUUACCACCAUAUCACACCCGAUCGUAACAUCGUCGAGGAUAAUAUCAGACGUUUGCUCCAGGCCGUCCAUGCCACCGAGGUCGGACUUUCCGUUCGUCUACCCCCCGGAACCAUGGACACACCUCAAGCGGUCCAAUCCGGAUCCGGCGUCGAAUUCCAAGGCUUGCCACCCGUCAAGACGCCAAUCUUUCCCGCUUUCGAAUUUGCUGGAAUCUUACGACAGCCUCGUGUAGGGAGCUUGUCAAAAGGAGCCUUUCCGUCCCAUAGACGUCGUCCUUUGCCUUCCACCACCACUACUCACAUUCGAGACUCCGCCAUGGGCUCGGGUGUCAGCUGCAUGUCUGAACCGCCUUGGGAUGGAAGCGGGAGGGUCGUCUUUACCAUAGUCCAUAACGGCAAGAGUCAUGACAUACAUUGGGAGCAAGCCAGAGAACAAAACCAACCGAAUAUCUGUCACAUCACCAUUGGAUGGGAAUUGGAAAAGCCUCAAGAAGCAGAUGCUGUUCGAAUAUUCGAUAUGUUCCAUUCUGAUCAACUGCUUGGCAGUUGUCAAGUGUUGAAAGUCACUCUGCGUGUAAUAGUCGAUGGAUAUUCGGAUCAAUCAUUACUUCAGCUACCCGGAUAUAGAAACCUCCAUGCCGCCCGCCUCGCCGACAUGAUGCAGGUUAACCUCAGGCUCAUAACCGGAGCUCUUCAUGCCGCCCACGUCCGACUCUUCGACCGCCUUGGACCUGGCAACAUUACUAGACCUCGAUUAUCUCAACCCGCUGCAGCAUACGUCCAACUCCGACCCCUUGACCACUUUCCAAAAUUGCCAUUCCUCAAGCCGUUCUUCCCUUCGCAGGCAUAUGAUCUACCUCUCAAGUAUGUCGGCGGAAGUUAUCGGAAGCAUGUCUUCAGUACUCUAUAUACACUAUCUCCCUCGAACAGCCAUCAUCCUAGGGAUCUCACCUCUCAUUUCUUUCGACUCACACGACCUGUGGUACCGUCAUCCGCCACCCCCUUGUUCAUCAUGGUCGCCAAGGCCCGAAUCAACGUUGCCUGUUGGAAAGACACCACCUUGACUGGUCGAUGGGCUAUGAGCACCCAGGAGCACGAGAAUGGACCAAGAACAUGUGACUUGUUCUACAAUGACGAAAUACCCAUAAAUUGGGUAGAAUUUGCCGACUUUCUUGCUUCUGCUUAUCCAAAGUCUGAAGAAAUUAUCAUGUGGUUCGUUUACUAUUGGACGGACAAGGCAUUUACCAAUGUAACACUCAAACUGGCGGGUACUGCACAUACCAGCUCUUCGGAAGAGAAACAAGCGAUCAUCACUUCCAAUGCCGAAAAGAUGGCCAGUGUCAAACCUCCUCCCGCAUACAAAGUGUGCAGUGUGGUAGAGCUGUACAAUCUUUGGAGGACACGAAUGCAACAUGUCGAGUACCUCACAAAAAUGCACGUCACCGUCCUCGUUGCCGACAAACUAGAUCCGCUCGGGUCCGAACAAUUAUCGGGUCGAAACAAUUAUCGGGUCGAAACAAUUAUCGGGUCGAUGCCGAAACUUUCCAUCCAUAUUGAAUUGAUCAACGUGUGCGGUUCCGGGGUUAUAUUGUACAUCUUUUCAGUAGGAAUCACUUCCGUUCCAGUGAUGUCGGUAGAAACGAUCCAACACAAUCUCAAGUGCUACAUCAUGACAAAACCCAUUGAACACAUGGUACUGUGGGACUGUCUGGCGGAGAAGUUUGGGUCGCCUCCAAAAGAAACCAAAAGUAACUUCUACCAGACCAAUGGCAUUGCAUCCUACGUCAUCCUGACUGUUGAACGCAACGUCAGCUGGACCAACGAACAAUGGUCCGAGUUGACGGCCCAACUCCUUCAUGAACUAUUUCCCGAGGUGACGUUUACGGAGCUUUGA